AUGAGUGCCACUCCUGGCGCCCUCUCCACCGCUUCCUCUGCCACUUCUCCUUCCACUUCGCCAUCCUCGUCAUCGGCUCACAUGAUGAUGAACGCGUAUGAUAGUCCAGUACUGACUCCUACAACAGCUGCCUCUACAACCUCAACAUCGGCACAUCUUCCAACCAUGGUAGGAGGAGGUAUAGCAGGUGAUUCACUUCAUGCCUCGUAUUCAUCCAUGGACUCAGCCACCGGAUUUCCAAAUUCACCUUCCAUGCUCUUCAAUGCAGGUAACAAUAGCAGUUUAAAUACGUAUGAACAACAAUAUCAGCAAUACAUUCAAACAAUUGUUAGUGCUGGAUCAGAUCAAAAGCCUUCUUCAAAGGAUAAACGUCAUAGCACUCAGGUCUUUAGUGAUUUAUUAUUUCCCGAUAAUCUUGUUCAAGUAAUUGAAUCGCAGAAAACAGCAGGUUCAUCUCGACCCAACACUGUGGGUAGUAUCAGUAACGUUCCUCAUCACAUCAAAGAACAGUUCAGAUAUUUUGAAUCUCCAAACUUGUCAAUUGAUUACGAAUUACAUGGUAAAUUUGAAAAGGCUUCUCUUCCUGAUUUAAACGUGAGAAGCAAACCACCUGUAUAUGAAGCAGACGUGAGAGUGAAGGCAUCAGCCAGCAGCAACAACGCAUCGGGUAGUGCUACACCUGUUACGGAUCAACCCACGAGCAAUUCUGGUGAGGGUGACCAAUCAUCAUCGUCAGAAAACAAUUUUACCAAGUUGAUGAAAGAGACAGAAUCAGCCAGCAUGACAAAUUACAAACCCGGUGAAACAAAGGUUAAAAAAGUUGAAAAGAUUGUAGACAGUGUUGACAAGACUUCAAAAAAGAUUCAUGCCAAUAUUGCUCAUGUUAAAAAUGGCUCUCAGAAAUUGAACAAAACAAUGUUUGUUUAUGACAUGAGCACUCAAUCUGUUGAAUGGGACUGGAAUGGUGGUGCUGAAGUACAAAUUUGUAAAAGAGUCAAAGACAGAAAAGUACCUCUCAAACAUUCUCCAAUUUUGAUUGAGCUAUUGGAUUUUGUUCCAAAACUUUUCACUGAAAAAUUUGAUUCUGAAAAACUUGAACCAUUCUUCAUUACCAUGUGUGUAGUAGAUUUUAAUACCAAAAAGAGAAUUAGUGAGGAAUUUCAUUGUGACAUCAAUCAUCAAUUGGCAGAUGAAUCUAUGAGAAAACUUUUUUCAUCUUCAGAUUUUGAACAAAAUAAGGUAAACAAUAGAGCAAUCUUCCAAGUUGCAGAUCGAUCUGUCGACGUUUUCCUGUACAUUAGAGUUUAUAAAAUUAUUCAAGGAGAUGAAGAUGACGCUGCUGAACCAUACAUUAGACCAGAAAAAUGUAAAGAUAGCAAGAGCAAAUUUGUAAAGAACGCCUCAGAAAAUGCCUCUAAAAUGAGACCAUUCUUGCAACCUAUGGCGUACUCAUUCCAACAACUGUUUAAUGCCUCCGAUGAGGUAUGCCUUGAGAAUGAGGUCAAACAUUUCUUGAGAACAAAGGGAAAUAUGGGUGAUGAACAAUUCUUUAGCACUUUUGCAAGUUCCAAGGAAUCAUCAACCGAUUCCUUAAAUGCGUCAGGAACUAAGGGAAAGAUGAAAAACUUUCCUGCUGUGCUCAAGAUGAGAGUUGUGGAGUUGAAUUCUGAUGAUUAUACCGAUCUAAAGAAUGAAAUGGACCAUGUCGAAGGUACAACAGAACUUGAUAUGAGCAAAUACUUUGAAGAUGAAGGCAAGAUUAGAUGCAAACUCAUGAGAGAGCUUGGCACAUCCAAAUUAAGUUAUUUCAACGAGUAUGACAACACAUUAUAUGUUUAUCCACAAAACGUGCAAAUUGGUUCAAAAGGUCUAAUUGGAUCAAAAUCCAGAAGUGUCAGUAUUAAGAUAGAAUUACGAAACAAUGACGACAACCUUGAUUCACCAGGCCUUCCUCUCAUUUACAAUCGAUUCAACAAAACAGGAAGAGACUCAAAAACCACUCAUGACUUUUCUACAAUUAGCUAUCACUCUAAGCAUCCUGAAUUCAACGAUGAAUUUAAGAUUCAACUUCCAACACAUAUCACUGACAAACAUCACUUGCUUUUUACUUUUAUUCAUGUACCAUGCAAGCAUAAGGAUCAAGUAGCUAAGGAGGACGCUCCAUACAAGGCAAAUGUAGGAUCUGUUUUGGGAUAUAGCUUUGUUCCUCUCUUGGACUUUACUACGGCUAGUAAAAGAAGAAAACCUGGCCAACUAGUUGAUGAAGAUUCAAACAUCCCAAUGACAUUUAAUAUGGGUAAAUUGGUUAAUGGUAUUGAACAAUUACCAAUUUAUCAGGAAUUUAGUGAUAAGAAAGGCUAUACAAGUGAAAAAGUCAGAAGUACAAGCAAGCUGCUCGAGAAUGGAAAGCCACUAUUUGUCGUUUCCUUCCUUCCAUUUAGCACUAUUUAUACCACUGACAGAUGCCUUUCUCAUUUCUUUGCAUCGCUUCCACUUGUUAUUAGCGACAAUGACGUAAGAGACUCUGUCAUGUUUGCAAAGAAUGAUGCUAUUUAUGACACCAAUUUGGUUGGUGGCAGCGGCAUUGUCACAUCUCCUUCCGUUGUUAUGAAAACCAUGUCAUCGGACGAUCUGUUUGAUGGAGAAUUGCCUGCAAUGGGUACAGGAAGCCCAGUGUUAAGAAGAAGUAACAGUGGCGCAAUAGUUUCCAGCAUGAAUCCUGAAUCUAUUGUGAUGAGAUACAUUUCCGAAAUGUAUCAUGUCCCAGUUAAGGAUUUAAUCAGCUUUUUACCUGCCAUUCUUAAUCAAUUGCUGAGAACUAUUUGCACUGGAUGUGUUACAACCACAAUAUGA